AUGCCUCUCGAUGCCCAAGCAACGGCCAAGGUCAAAGCGAUAAUUGACGAUGCCUGCGCCGAUCCAAAGACAGGUAUACCCGGCACUACCAUCGUAGCUGUGGAUCGUAAUGGCGAGAUAUUCGCUCACUCAUCAGGAACGAGGGGUAUCGGAACGAACGAACCGAUGACUUUGGACAAUAUCUUCUGGAUCGCUUCCUGCACGAAGAUGCUUGCAGGUAUUGCCUGCAUGCAACUCGUCGAGCAAGGGAAACUCAAAUUGGACGAUGGUGAACAUUGUGAGAAUAUCCUACCGGAGCUGAAGACGAUGAAAGUUCUGAAGCCUGAUGGAAGUUUUGAAGAGAAGAAGAAUCUGAUCACUUUGCGAAUGCUGUUGACGCAUACCGCUGGCUUUGGGUAUACUUUCUUCAAUGAGCGGCUACGAGAUUGGACUCGGCCAGCGGGUGUGGAUGAGUUCUCCGGCAGGAUUGAGGAUCUCAUUUCUCUGCCUCUUCUGUUCCAACCCGGUGAGGGCUGGGAGUACGGCACUGGUAUCGAUUGGGCCGGUAUAGCUGUUGAACGUACCAGCGGUCUUAGCCUGAACGAUUAUCUCCAGAAACAGGUGUUCCAACCUCUUGGUAUCAAAAGCAUGAGCAUGUUCCCGGACAAGGCUAUGCGUUCCAAGCUAGCCUACAUGCACCACAGAGAACAAGAUGGAACACUUCGGGUUCGGGAUCAUCUUCAGCGCCUUCCGUUAGUUAUCGAUCCAGAUAACAAAGAGGAGGUUGCUUCCAUCUUCAAUAGCGGUGGAGCUGGCAUGUUUGCGCAGCCACAAGAAUAUGGAAAGAUACUGAGUAUGCUCCUGAACGGAGGAGCAUGCCCAAAGACGGGAAACCGAGUUCUUCUUGAAGAAACGAUCGAUCUCAUGUUCAGCAACAGCAUCGAGAAGUUCCCCAACUUUGCCCGCCAGGGUAUUCCUGCAGCGAAACCUGAUCUUACCAACCCAAUCAAGGAGUUGUAUCACGUGGAGGGUGAUCCUCCCCAGGGCUGGGGAUUGACCUUUAUGCUCACCAAUGGUGGCCCGUCUGGGCGGUCCAAGUCCACUGUUCAGUGGGCAGGACUCGCUAACUUAUGGUGGUGGGCGGAUCGUGAACAUGGUAUUGCCGGUAUUGUGUGCACACAAAUUCUACCAUUCGCUGAUAGCAAGGUUUUGGAUCUUUGGGCAGAAGUUGAGACUGAGAUUUAUAAAAGAUCAAAGCGGGGUUGUGAUGCGCCACAGCUGGAGUUGCCCAAGAACAUGGAUCCUCUUCGCGAUGGCAAGAUGAUUGUCGGGGAGAAGCCACCACUAGUUCAAUCUUCGCCUUGCUCUUAUUGCAUCAAGACUAACAAGAAAUGUACUAUGAACUGGGCCUGGACUCAGAUUCAGGUGUCGUACGCCCUGACCGCUGCUGCUCGCGGUGAGGCGGGCAUUGAGUGCAUAUUUCCUCAAAGACGUCCGUCAUCAGAGAAGAGUCGCUCACCGACAACCUCUGUGGGAGCAGAUGAUUCAAGCCUCGAUGCAGAAUCGACCGCGGCUUCCUAUGUUUCCCAAUCCCUCCCUCCCGUUUUCGAGUUCUCAGAUACGGGCUCUGGGGUGCAAGAUCUUAAUGCCCCCUCGUUUCUAGGCGACUCUCUUGAUACAUUACCUUUCGACUUCAAACCCCACGACAGCGACCCGCUAGAUGCUAGCCUCUAUGGACUUGGUUUCAAAGACCUCAAUCCGCCAUCGGACAUCUUGUGCGAACCAUUGGAGUUCUUCGACGAGCCACCGACACAACCCUCGCCGGACCAAUUCGACGUGUUCUCACUUACACAACUUCCCGAGAUCAAUCUCAGCGAGCAAUCCCUCAUAUCAUCAUCCAGCCCCAACGGAACGGUCAACGAGAACGACACACACACAAGGGCAAAGCGUCGUCGUGUCUCGAAUACUUGGAGCGACACCCAAUACAGCUCGCUGUCAUCCUUCUCGGUCGACCAGUCCAUGAUGAUGCGGUCGAACAACCAGUUAAUAUCGACAAACCUGUUGCAAAUAUACCACGACGUGCUGGAGCAUAAUCUUUCGUGCUGGCUAAACGAGGUGACAUGCCCGUUUGGAGGUUCGAAAGACCUCAACAAGCCAAGCUCAUUCGCAGAAUGGGGCUCAUCAUGGACGAAUAGAGUCCUACGACGAACGCUGAACCUUGACCGUGGAGCUCAAUCGGCACAACUCAUUCAUGUAUCAAGACAGCGUGAAUCAGCAGUUGCAAAGGCUCUCCACCUCUCUAUCAUGGCUUUUGCAACACAGUGGGCUCAAGGCUCACGUCGUCAGCGGGAGCGGUAUCCUUCCAUGGCAGGGAUGAACGACAACCCGCUGAAUGAGUACAUGGAUGAAAUGACGGAAGAGUUUGAUCGCCAUCUUCAGCGGAACUUGUGGGACCAGGCUCGAAGAGCACUUGAUGAAGUUGCUGACGUCGAGUCAUUUCGAGUUGUCUGCGCUGAGAUGAUCUUCGGGCUUACCCAGAAACCCCUCUCACCAGACGAUUCGGCAUACGAUGAGAUAGGCUGCUCUACCGGUGCUUACGACGCGGAAGCAAUCACCGAGGAGAUAUCGGAUAUCAUCGAGAACGAUGGUCCACCAAUCUACAUGGAACGCGCAGCUAGAAAAAUGCAUACGUUGAAGUAUCGUUAUGAUGCGGAGCGAAGGGGAAUCACCAAGACCAGCAGAAAGAAGAGACCAGUGACUCUAUCGUUAAUGAGCACCGAAGACCAAAGUACAGUUAGUCUCAUUUACUGGCUUACGGUUAUGUUCGACACGGUCAGCUCGUCCAUGGCUGAGAGGCCUGUUGUCGUGGUCGAUGCGAAUAGUCAGCACGAUGAUGCGCGUGGUGACACGGAUUGGAACGUCCCGCUGUUCAUACAGGAUAGCUUGGACAAGCCUAAACUGGUUGUCCACUGGCCUUGUUCAUAUGAGGAAGCCGCAGAAGCAGUGACUAGAUCCGCACCUGUCAAGGUUUUGAUGUUCAGGCAUGUUGCGUAUCUCCAAACCGUGCUGAGACAGGGUGAGAGCGCAGAGAAGAUUGAGGAAGUGAUCGAGAGGUCUGUGCGAGUCUAUCGCUAUUGGAACAUGACUCAUGGCACGUUCUUCAGGGAGCUCCUCGAAAACUACGACUCCAUCCCUGGGCGCAUUCAGAGCUGGUUCCUCUGCAUCUCCGCCCACAUGCAUCUUGGUGUUCUUCUCCUCGCCGAUUUAAUAGAGCACAUCGACACCAACUCCCUUGGUCUCCCAGCCCAAAGCCAAUCCCGUACAAAUAGUAAAUGGAUUCUCCGCAUUCGGGAGCGAAGUGCGAAAGAACUCUCCGACCUCGCGCGUGUAACAACACCCAGUGUACCGCUACCCAGCGAGUUUCACCACGCUCUGAAUGAGAGCAUGAUCUUGACUGAGCCGUGGACCAUAAUUCUGAUACGUGCUUUUUCGAAGACGGCGAUUUAUUGGAUGGGUGAGGCAAAUGAUUUGAAGGUGUUUGAGGAUAGUGGAGAGGUGGGUGAGAAGUUGGCGCAGGCAGAGGAGUGCAUUAGGGCGUUGUGGAUUUUGGACAUUCCCGACUCAAUCAGUGUCGCGGACUUCAUCAACACAAACAAAGCAGGCAGAAAAGACUUCUCCAGCUCAAGAAACCCUUAUACAUGUGGUGUGACCGGUCAAUCUCGCUCUGCCGCUGAAGUCGCUCAGCGUGUUGACUGUCUGGCGCGGGGGUUGGCCAAGAAUGUCGCAUUCGAUGCUCACGAUGGAACAGCUUGGGAUAGAGUCGUAGCCAUCUACGCUCUCAACACAAUUGAUUACAUCCCGGUCACGCACGCCAUUCAUCGCGUAGAUGGCAUUGUUACGCCUGCUAGUUCAGCGCAUUCGCCGUCUGAGCUAGAACACCAACUUCGAUCAUCCGGUGCGAAAGCGCUCUUCACUUGCGCGCCUCUCCUCGACACUGCCCUGAAAGCAGCCAAGGCUGUUGGAAUCUCCGAAAAGCACAUUUUCCUGCUUCCUCUACCAGAGACUUCUCCACAUGCAUCCUUAAAGUCAAUUGAAGACCUCAUCUCGGAGGGUCAGGAUCUUCCACCUUUGUCGAUCCCUGCAUGGGUCCCAGGACAGGGUAAGAGACAGGUUGCGUAUCUUUGCUACUCGAGUGGCACAUCUGGUCUCCCGAAAGCAGUUAUGAUCUCUCACUACAACGUUAUCGCAUGCACCCUCAUGAUCCACACAUACGAGACGAGUACCCGAAAACAAGAUGGUAUCGACACACAGGUCGCCCUCGGUUUACUCCCCUUCAGCCACAUCUAUGGUCUUGUCACAAUCGCGCACAUUGCGCAGUAUCGAGGUGACGAGAUAGUCGUUAUGCAGCGCUUCCAGCUCGAACAACUGCUAGCUGCCAUCCAGAAGUUCCGCAUUGAGCAACUUAGUGUGGUACCACCCAUCAUUGUACAACUCUUGAGCAGUCAGGAUAUGUGUCGGAAGUAUGAUCUCAGUUCUGUGAGGCUUAUCUUCUCGGGCGCUGCGCCGUUGGGAAGUGAAACGAUCCAGAAGUUGUUGGAGCUUUAUCCCAAAUGGCGAAUCAGCCAGGGCUACGGAUUGACGGAAUCCUCACCAUCGGUCUUUCACACCAGCGAAGCAGACCCCCUCCUUGGCUCAUCUGGGUCUUUACUCCCCGGCGCUAUAGUCAAGAUUAUCGACCAAAACGGCAACGAGGUCACCGAUUACGAAACACCAGGCGAAUUAUACGUGCAAGGUCCAAACGUCGUGCUAGGCUAUUUACACAACGAGAAGGCCAACGCCGAGACAUUUGUGUGGCGCGAGGAUGGGCGCUGGUUAAGAACAGGCGAUGAAGUACUCGUGAGGAAGUCAGAGCGCGGCUUCGAGCAUUUCUUUGUGGUAGACCGCAUCAAGGAACUUAUUAAAGUCAAGGGUCAUCAAGUUGCGCCUGCGGAAUUGGAGGCCCAUCUUCUCGACCAUCCCUACGUCUCCGACAGCGCAGUAAUUGGCAUUGUGGACGAGCGCGCAGGAGAAGUACCCUUGGCCUUUGUCGUGAAGAGCAAGGAAGCACAGGGUGUCUCUGAUGAAGACGUCGUGAAAGCUGUGCAUAAGCAUGUUGAGGAGCAUAAGGCGAGGCACAAAUGGUUGAAGGGUGGUGUGAGAAUUCUGGAUAUUGUGCCAAAGUCUCCUAGUGGGAAGAUUCUGAGACGUAUUUUGAAGGCGAAGGUCAUUGCGGAGAAGCCGGUUGCGAAGCUUUGA